UCCACAAGUGCAAGUCAGCCGCGCAGAAUGUGAGAUCAUACCUACGUAUCACCAGCACGUGUCUCUGUCAACAUCGCAAAUUCUGGUUGUAAAAACAUGCGCCAAGGGGAACGAUGCGGUGAAUCUGACGAAGGAACUCCACAUGUUUGUGCACUACGCGAACUGUUCUGAGGGGGUGCGAAAGUGAAAUCCCAUAUAUGGUCGGUCCCCAGAGCCUCAUCACUUGAGACUCACCACCAAACGUCCCUACUGUAUGUCUUAAGAGAUUACCACAAUCGCUCAAACGACUCCAUAUUCGACUCCUUUCAUUUACUCUGGGUACUGGUCUGCACAAUAUGGACGCGCUCAAGGACCACAGCGUUAAGACGACGACGGGUAACUUGACCUUUUCGUACACUCACCUUGCAGCCAUCACCAUCCUCAUCCCGGCAUUACGGCACCUCUAUGUUGACUACCAGAGCUUCUUGGCGUUAGGUCCAGGAGGUACGCCAAAGACGAUCACAGGCUACUGCAAAGUCAAGGCAUUGGGGAUGUUUGCUCUCCGAGAUCCAUAUGCACCACCAAAAAUUCCAUGGUCCAUGACAAGCAAAGCAGGAUGUAUAUCAGGCCUGUCACAACGGAGAGGUGUUCGCCCCUCAACGCUUGGAAUUGCACCGCAUCGUCAAAUCAACCAGAGACCAUCGCGGGAGAUGCAUGAGAAGCUAGUCGAUGCCUUGCACGACAUUGCCGACGCAAACGUACAUCUUCUGGAGGGAACAUCGUGCUUCGAAAAACACGGCACCGGUCUGUUCAGCGAGAACCCACAACGAAGAACUUGUGGAGGCGAAAUCUGUCACACGCAUCUUUCCGAUGGAUCGAUGCAUUUGACACUUCAUCCUGCCGACGCAAAAGUCAUGCUCGAAGCAGGCUGGGGUGAGAGACAUCCAUUAGCAAGAGGUGGGUGGCUGGAGAGGUUCGUUCCAGGUGGCUUCGUCAUGAUCUAUGCGCCUCGAGACGAUGAUGAGCUCGACGUGGUCCUAGAAAUCGUGCGGGUAGCAGCAUGGUAUGUUGGAGGUGAAGAAAUCAAGGACGGACGCGACAAGCGCAGAGACAGUGGCCAGGAUGAGCAAGUGGUCGCAUGUUGAGACUCUGACAAUUCAACAAGAAAGGAAAUACUCCUUGGCUUCGUGAACAGGUUUGGUUGCCGGAGGACACCGGAGUGCCAAUCACGUUUACGCGAGUGGGGAUGUGGGCAACGACAUUGACAAGGGCACUGACGUGGUCACGGACUCGCCUGACUAGAAGUGAUGGGGUUGGACUGAACUUGGUAGCGAGACGGAUGGAGCUUUACAAGUCUUUCGCGAUGUCUUCGUACUUUGUGACCUUGGAAAAGACGUAGCAAAUGCACGAUUCUUGCAUGGCUCGGGUUCCGGAUGAAUGACAUCAGACUGUGUCUGCGACAAAGUACUACGUACUCGAGUAGCAUUUCAUGAACCAAUAAUCCUGCACAACAUUCAGACAAACGGUCC